AUGAAGGUUUCCUCUUUCGCCUUCUUCUCGCUUCUGGCCUCUGUCCAGGCCACUGGAUCGUACUGGGGUUCCGAGAAAUGCUACUCCAGCCCUGGUCGAUCCCCCAACAAGUGUAAUGAGCACCAGCAGAAGGGUUUCAGCUGGUCUGAUCUCGCUGCUGGUUCAUUCUCCAGCUAUGGUGGCUUUGAGUUCUCAGGUUUCACUUGUGGCAACGGCUUUGGCUCCAGCCUCGGCAAGCGUGGUACCCAGAAGUGUAUCUCUGGUACUGUCUCUCGUGGAUCCUCCAGCUCUUCCAGCUCUUCCAGCUCCAGCCAUGGCUCUGGCUCCAGCAGCUCCGGCUCUUCAGCCCCUUCGUUCUCCUGUGGCUCUGAGGAGAGCGGUUUCUCUGUGACCAACUUCCACAUUGCUACUGAGAAGGAAACCGAGCUGCACAUCAUCUACAGCAUGCCCGACGGAUCGACCUGCAAGAACACCGCUAGCUGCCACUCCGGCGGUACCACCGUCACCAAUGACCAGUGUGGUGGUGCUACUUCCGUUCACUUCGAGCUUCCUGAGGACAGCGAGACUGAGAGCUGUGGAUUCGGGAUCUACAGCGUUGGCUUUGACUGCACUCCCGGUACUACUAGCACUGCUUCAGCUUCAGUCUCUGUCCCUGCCACCUCGGUGCCAUACACUUCCGUUGCUGCUGGGUCUAGCUCCGUGCCCUCAGCCUCGGUUUCGGUCUCGGCUCCCUCCUCGGCCCCGUCGUCGGUUUCCCCUGUCACUACACCGGGUGCUAGCACUCCUGUCAAGAUGACCACCUCGACCGUGUACACCACCAGUGAGGUCACUAUCACUAGCUGUGCUGCGAGCGUCACCAACUGCCCAGCCGACUCAACUACCGUCGUAACUUCGACCAUUGCUAUCUCUACCACGGUUUGCCCAGUUACCGAGACUACCCCUGCCGCUGCCAGCUCCCCGUCUCUGCCUGCCGGUCCUAGCAGCGUCUUGCCUGCUAGCUCCAGUGUUGGAUACUCUUCUGUCUGGUCUGGGUCCGCCAGUGAGACACCCUCAGCUCCUGCUUCCUCGGGUUCUGCUUCGACCCCUGCUGGAACUCCUUCGCCAUCAUCUGUUGGUGCUGUGACCACCCCUGGUGCUGUUACUACUCCUGCUCAAUGGACCACCUCGACUGUGUACACCACUAGCGAGAUUACCAUCACCAGCUGCGCUGCUAGCAUCACCAACUGCCCGGCUGACUCUACCACUGUCGUUACUUCUACUAUUGCUGUUUCAACCACUGUGUGCCCUGUUACCGAGACUACUCCCGCCGCUGCUAGCUCGCCUUCCCUGCCCGGUGCCCCUAGCCCUAGCAGCGUUUCGCCUGCUAGCUCCAGUGCUGGAUACUCCUCUGUCUGGUCUGGGUCCGCCAGCGAGACACCCUCAGCUCCUGCUUCCUCAGGCUCUGCUUCAACCCCUGCUGGAACUCCUUCGCCCUCAUCUGUAGGUGCUGUGACCACUCCUGGUGCUGUGACCACUCCUGGUGCCGUGACCACUCCUGGUGUUACUACUCCUGCUCAAUGGACCACCUCGACUGUGUACACCACCAGCGAGAUUACUAUCACCAGCUGCGCUGCUAGCGUCACUAACUGCCCGGCUGACUCUACCACCGUCGUCACCUCCACUAUCGCUGUCUCGACCACCGUCUGCCCUGUCACUGAGACUACCCCAGCUGUUGGAUCUUCGUCUGUGCCUGGUGUUCCCAGCAGCCCCAGCGGCGUUCUUCCCGUCAGCUCGCCUGCUCAAUCCACUGGUCCCAGUGAAACUCCCACUCUUUCGGAGUCCGGAUCCUCUCCUUCGGGCACUCCUACGGUUCCCAGCGUGACCUCUGCUGCGUCUACUCCUGCUGGCACCCCGGGUGUUCCUGGCGAGACCGUCACUACCGUUGUGACUUAUGAGACCGUGACUACCUGCCCCGUGACCAACACAGUUACUUCUGGCUCCUCCACCUUUGUGACCACCUCCAGCACUGUGUCCACUGUUACUUUGACUUCUACCUCCACUGUCUGCACACAGUGCUCUGCCACUGCCACUGCUACCUCCGUUGCUGGCCAGAGCUCCGUCGUCCCAUCUGGUACACCCGAGGGUUCCAGUCCCGUUGGCUCUGAGACUGCCCCUGUUUCUACCGGUCCAGCCGUCACUAGUUCCAUUACCUCCAGCGUCGGGGCUGUCUCUACCCCUGCUGUCCCUCAGGGCGGAACCACCACCGUUGUGACAUAUGAGACUGUGACUACUUGCCCUGUCACUGAUACCGUCACCUCGGGAUCUUCCACCUUCGUCACUACCUACAGCACUGUUUCCACUGUCACCUUGACUUCGACUUCUUCCCUGCCCAGCUCCGUCGCCGCAGGCAGCACUCCCGCUCCCUCUGGAACUGAUGUUGCUACCAGCCCGGCUCCCACUGGACCUGCUGUGACUAGCAUUGUUGUUAGCUCGACCCCCACUGUUCCUGAGGGCCAGACUACCACCGUCGUUACCUACGAGACUGUUACCACCUGCCCUGUCACUGACACUGUCACCUCUGGAUCUUCGACCUUUGUGACUACCUACAGCACUGUUUCCACUGUCACCUUGACUUCAACCUCCUCCAUUCCUAGUUCAGUCGCUGCCGUCAGCACCCCUGCUCCCACUGGAACCGAAGUGGCCACCAGCCCUGUUCCCACCAGCGUCGGUGCCAACUCGACCCCUGCUGUUCCCGAGGACCACACUACAACAGUUGUUACCUACGAGACCGUCACUACCUGCCCCGUUACCGGCACUGUGACUUCAGGCUCGUCCACCUACCUGACUACCUCUAGCACCGUCUCCACAGUCACUUUGACCUCGCUCUCUACAAUCUGCACCAAGUGCAGUGCUACAGCCACAGGCACCUCUGACGUCUCCGCCGCAACAGGUACCGCUGUCGCCGUCACUGGAACCUCCCCAGCAUCGAGCCCCGCUCCCUCGGCUCCUUGCCCCAACACCGUCCCCCAGUGUAUCAACACCUGGUUGAGCCUCGCACCCAAGUGCACAUCCAACAGCGACGCCUCCUGCUUCUGCCCCAACACCGAGUUCACCAAUAAGGUCAUCUCCUGCAUCCAAGCCUGGGGUGCCUCCAAGGCCGAAGUCCAGUCCGCCCUCUCCUACUUCACCGGAAUCUGCGCAUCCUGGGUGCCCCAGAACCCAGCCAUCGUCACCGCCAUCCCCUCGACCAUCACCCUGGUCCCGACCGUCGUCCCCUCCGUCGCUGUCUCUAGCGCCGUCGACGCAACUGGCAUCCCGGCAACCCUCACCCCAGCCGCGCCCCUCACCUCCGCCCCGGCUGUCCCCUGCACCACCAUCACUUACUCCACCUACACCCUGACAGUCCCCCAAGUCAGCUUCAUCACCAACACCGCUACCGGAACGGGUGUCAGUGCAGGUGCAACCAUCGGCCUCGUCCCCGCCGGUCCCAGCACCAGCGCCGUCUCCCCAGCAAACACAGGCGUCGUUCCAGUGCCCGCAUCCGCAACCUGGGUCACAGCCUCCGCAGGCGCAUACGCUUCUGCCUCUGCCAGUGGAAGUGCCAGUGGAAGUGCCAGUGGAAGUGCCUCGGCCAGCGCCUCGCCAGUCUUCAACUCGGCGUCCAGUCUUUCAGUCGCUUCUAGUCUGAUUCUGGGUUCGUUGGCUGUAUUCUUUAGCUUGAUGCUGUAA